AUGCGAAGAAGACCGCGCUCGAGGCACCAGGUGUUGGGCUCCCACACGUGGAGGUUGUUUGUGUCCGCCAUGCAGUACCGUUGGCUGGUGCUGCUAGCCUACUGCCUCGUAUGUGUGCAGGGCCAGCAGCCGCCAUCGUCUAGUGCGUCGAGCAGUGCGAGUGGUGCGGUCGUAACGGCAUCACAAAGCGAUGGAGUCUCGAGCGAUUCUGCGUCGUCCCAUGCUAUCACUAGGACGGCCGCCAAUGCCAAGGAGGGUGCUUUGGCAGGCACGGCCAUAGCGCCUGGUCCAAAUCACCGUGGCAAGACCGGGCCUGAUGAUCGGCACUUUGUCGAUGCUGUGGAUGCUGUGCGGCCUGGAUGGUUCUGGACUGUGUUGUUCGCAUACGUGACUGUAUACUAUCAUGCGGCUGGCAGCCUAUGA